GCGCUGAGAGCCCCACUGCUCGCCGGCACCGCUUCCGCCAUCUCUCAGCCCUCUCGCCGCGGCCGCGGUCAGCGAGCCCCUCCAUAUGUGUACCCUCCCGUCACGGCAGGGCGCCGGACCGCUCGUCGGCGCCGUCUGCCUGCUGCCGCGGCUCUCGAAGUGCCGCUUGCACUCCUCCGUCGCCGCUGUGCUUGCGCGCCUGAGGUGGGCCGGAUCCGCGCCCGUCGCCGAUUACGUGGCCCGCGCACCCGACCACCUCGCUCCUCGCCCGGCGAGAUCUCGGUGGUCGCGGCGCUCCGCCGCUUCGCGGACCGCGGCCGCACCCUCGCCUGCACCAUCCACCAGCCGCGCGCCGAGACGUUCCGGCUCUUCCACCAGCUGCUGCUGGUCAAGGCGGGCGAGACGAUGUACUGCGGGCCGGUGGCGCAGGUGCCCCGCACUGUCUACCGCACCACCCACGGGACUGAACCCACGCUUGGAGGCGACGGCUCUGGCGGGGAGGGUGCCAGUGGACUCGCAGGUGCCCGACUUUCUUCGCGGCUGCGGCGUGCCGUGCCCGCCGUCGGUGAACCCCGCCGAUGUGGUCGUCGACCUCACGCACACCAAGGAGGCGGACGCGGACGAGGACGGCGGCGAGGCGGUCGACUUGGUGGCGCGCUUCGCAGAGUCGGACCUCCGGCGCGAGAUCGAGGCGGAGAUCGACUCGGUCGAGAUCGGCCGCCAUCCCGCGCUGGCGGACCUGGCGGCCCAGUCGCUCAAGGCGCCGCAGGAGGAGGAGGGGCGCGGCGGCUGCUGCGGCGGCGGCGGCGGCGGCGGCUACCCAAACCCGCUGCUGCACCAGGUCGGUGUGCUCGUGCGGAGGCAGUGGACGCUGGACCUGCGCGACUUCGGGUACAAGUUCACUUGGGUCCUCAACGGCUUCGUGCUCGCCCUCAACGCCUCCACGUACCUCCUCGUCGCGCAGGCCCGCUCACCCAGCCCGCCGCUCGACGCGCAGCCCGCCUCCGUCUACCGCGACGACAUGGGCUGCUCGGCCAGCCUCGGUAGCGGCGACGGGGUGCAGGGGUGCGUCUGCCACUUGGACAUGGCAGACAGCGCCGACGGCGGAUACACCGUGGCCGACGACGUGGCGGAGUGCGGCCAGGCGCUGGUGGCGCGCACCAACGUUGACUUUGCGCACCGCGGCCUCCUCUUCCUCCCCUACCUCCAGAGGUGUCGAAUCCGGUGUGCGGGCUCAGCCGCGUGGGUGGGCGCGGUAGGCUUCCUCUUCCUCGUCGUCAACGCGCUCUUCAUCAACGAGGCGACCCGACGCGCGGCCGCCGCCGCCGCCGCGGCGGGUGGCGGCGCCGCCGCCGCCCCGUCGCCGUCGCCCCCGCUCGGCGCGACGGCCGCGAUCGCGGACUUGCGCCCCCCUCCGGUGACGCCGCCCGACGAGCUGCCCUCCGCUCCACCGACGCCAAAGUCAAGCAGCAAGCGGCGGGGCGGGCUCGCCACGCCGGCGUCGGCCACGUCGACGCCGUCGCGCUGGAGCAAGGUGCGCGACGUCGUCGCCGGCGCCGACACGUCACGCGGCGACGGCGCCGCGGCGCUGCGCGGGCAGUACCCUCUCUCGCCGCUGCGGAGGACGCUGGACCAGGCGCGCGCGCGGCUGGUGUUCGUGCAACGGCGGCGCUGA